GGAAUGUGUGCCAUCUUUGGAAAUGUGUACACUAAGGAAACGGAUUCUGGAUCAGCCCACAGAUUAGCUGUCUCAGAAUCCUAGUAGAACUUCUACGGUAGAAUUGCCGGAUGAGAUUAAUGUGGAGACCUACGGAAUCACCGGACAUUUCUCAGUCCAAGACCGAACGAAUAUAAAGGUGUAUGACUUGCGACGUUUUCCAGUGAUGCUCUAACACUCCAAGCUCAAGACUGGUUCUUGUCAUCCAUUCAUUCAUUCUGCCCUUCCUUUCUUUACUCUUUUUGUCACUCCUUUCUUCUCCGACUAGCUCGGCAUACAUUCAUUCACAAUGAGAAUCAGCAACUUGAUCGUGGCUGCAAGUGCUGCAAGCCUGGUGCAUGCGUAUCCCACGCGUGAUAUCAAAAAGCGCAGCUCAGGAUUUACCUGGGUCGGCGUUAGCGAAUCUGGCGCUGAGUUCGGAUCCAGCAUCCCAGGAACUCUGGGCACUGACUACACUUGGCCUGAUACGUCUAAGAUUCAGACUCUGAGGAAUGAUGGAAUGAACGUCUUCCGUAUCCCCUUCCUCAUGGAGCGUUUGGCGCCCAACGAGAUCACUGGAUCCCUGGACGCCACCUAUUUGAAGGACCUGAAAUCUACUGUGCAGGCCAUCACUGACAGCGGUGCUUACGCCGUUCUCGACCCCCACAACUACGGAAGAUACUCUGGAAGUAUCAUCUCUUCUACUUCUGACUUUAAAACUUUCUGGAAGACCGUCGCUGGAGAAUUUGCAUCUAACGAGAAGGUGAUCUUCGAUACUAACAACGAGUACCACGACAUGGAACAGUCUCUCGUCCUCAGCCUGAACCAGGCCGCCAUUGACGGUAUUCGCGCGGCUGGAGCCACGACACAAUACAUUUUUGUUGAGGGCAACUCGUACUCGGGUGCUUGGAAGUGGGCCGAUACCAACGACAACCUCAGUCAAUUGACUGACCCGCAGGACAAGAUUGUUUACGAGAUGCACCAGUAUCUCGAUUCGGACGGCUCUGGUACCUCCGAGACCUGUGCCAGCUCGACCAUCGGCAAGGAGAGACUGCAGACCGCCACACAGUGGUUGAAGACCAACAACAAGAAGGGUUUCCUGGGUGAAUUCGCCGGCGGUGUCAAUGAGCAGUGUGAGCAGGCUGUCGAGGGUCUCCUCUCUUACAUGUCGGACAACUCCGACGUCUGGAUGGGUGCCGAAUGGUGGUCGGCUGGCCCCUGGUGGGGCUCCUACAUGUACAGCAUGGAGCCGACUGACGGAACUGCUUACUCCACAUAUCUGCCCAUCUUGAAGAAAUACUUCGUGGAUGGCACGGGCGCUAGCUCCUCGGCCACAUCUGCAGUCCCAUCGACUGUAGCUGCCAGCACCUCUACCUCUGCCAGUGUCUCGACUGCCUCUGCAUCAUCGACCACCGUCAGUGUUGUUGAAUCCUCCUCCACUAGCAGCGUUGCUGAAGCCCCUUCAACCACCUCGGAAGUUGCCACUGCCACUGCCACGCCCACGCCAUCUCACCCAGCCCCUCAGCCAACCUCCAACUCGUCCAGCACUUCUUCUAGUGUGCCCACAAGCAGCGCCCCGACGACUCUUUCGACCUCCCAGGCCUGUGGAUACCGUACUACCGUCACUGUGACCGCCAGCAGAUCUACCGCAGCACCCAGCAGCUCCGCGAGCGCCGUCCCCCACUACCACCGGUGCGGCGGAAUCAACUACAGUGGACCUACCACCUGCGAGAGCGGCUAUACUUGCGUCAAGCAGAACCCCUACUACAGCCAGUGCCUUUAAAAGGACACCCAAGGACGGUGAUGUGGCAAGUUGAUGGAACCGAUCAAAUUCCUCACUUCAUUUGUACAUAUUACCAGCUUCAAUCUUGAGUAGAGCUCAUCAUACAAUACUCC